AUCUAUGGAGUUAAUUCAAUAAUGCAUGAUGGGGCAAGGAAUCCGACAACUUUUUCUUCUUCUUGCUUUAGACAUAUAUACUCAAGUGACUGUGGGUCAGGAAAUUUCUCUCAAAUACGACCUAUUGGAACAACAGUCUCGUGAAACAUUUGUUGGAAAUGUGGCAGUGGACAGUUUACUAAAGGCAAAUGUAACUCAGGAUGAACUGGAUCGCAUGAAAUUUCAAAUUCUUACCCAGUCAAGUAAAGAUGCUUCCUAUUUUAUGAUUCAUGAGAAAUCCAGCACAAUCAAAACGGCCAGCGUACUGGAUAGAGAGGUUCUGUGUGAGUUUGAAGUUCAGUGCGUUCUGGAAUUCAGUGUGGCAGUUUACAAACAGGAUCCUCAACACAGCAAUCAACUUGAUCUCUUCAAAAUUUUUGCAAUCAAAGUGAAUAUUCUGGAUGCCAAUGACAAUGCCCCGACCUUUCCUCAGUCCCAGGUGACCCUGAACGUCCAGGAAUCAGUCCCGGUGGACUUUGUCCUCCUGACCAGCGGGGCGGUGGACCCAGACAUGGGGGUGAACAACUCCAUCCAGUCCUACACACUUAUACCCAGCAACGAAAUGUUCGGACUGAAAGAAAUCAAAAAUAUUGAUGGCAGCACAGAUUUAGGACUUGUGGUUCGGUACAAGUUAGACAGGGAAACUCUGGACUUCUAUCAGGUGGAGAUUGUUGCUAAGGAUGGGGGAUUUCCCCAGCGAUCAGGAACUGUUCUCGUUAAUAUUACUGUGAUUGAUGAUAAUGACAAUCCACCAACAUUUUCUCAAGCUAAAUAUGAUGCUGCUGUCCCAGAAAAUCAUCCUGUAGGAAAGAGCGUACUAACAUUAUCGGCCCAAGAUUUGGAUAUUAACGAAAAUGGGGAAUUCACUUUUUCAUUCAAUUCAAGGGUGCCACAAAAAAUAAAGGACAAAUUUGCUGUGAAUGAAACCUCAGGGGAAAUUUACACGAUUUCAGAUAUUGACUUUGAGGAAGAGGAGAAUUAUCAAUUCUUGGUGGAAGUGAAGGAUAAGGGCAGAGAACCUAAAUCAUCUACCUCAAUAGUGAACAUCAGUGUUCUGGAUGUCAAUGACAAUGCCCCACAAAUCAAUGUAAAUCUGCUUCCUGAAGGAACAGACAUUCUGGAAUCUGCAGAGGUGGGAAGAUACGUGGCUAACUUUGCUGUUUCAGACUUGGACAGUGGUGCAAAUGGAAAAAUCCAGUGUCAAGUACUUGGAGAGUUUUUCAAAAUAGAAGAAAUUUUCACGAACAUGUACAAAGUGACCAUCAAAAGUCCACUGGAUUAUGAAUCUAAACAUAGACAUGAUGUAACCAUUCAGUGCCAAGAUCAGGGCAUUCCUCAGCAUCAGAAUACAUCCAGCUUUGUUAUCAAUGUUCUGGAUGUCAAUGAUAACAACCCAGUGUUUCUGCAGUCCAUUUACAGGGCCACCAUCAUGGAGAACAACCCACCUAAUGAAGUCAUAACAACAGUGGAGGCAGUGGACAAGGAUUCCAAUCUUGCUGGAAAAGUAACUUAUUUUAUGCACACUGAUGGAAGUGAUAAUUUCCAGGUCCAUCCCACAUCAGGGGUGGUUACUGUGAAAAAAUCACUGGACCGUGAAAUAAACCCAGUAAUUCUGUUCCAUGUGAAUGCAUCAGAUGCUGGUAACCCACAGCUGAAAUCCUCCACUCUCAUCAGACUGACCCUGGAAGAUGAGAAUGACAACACACCAAAAUUCAAAAAGUCUCAUUUUGAAUUUUAUGUCAUAGAGGAACAGAAAAACCUGCCCACUGUUGGACGUCUGUUUGCCGAAGAUCCCGACGCAGGACCAAAUGGACAAUUUUCAUUUGACUUUGCCUCCCCUCGCUACCCUGAGUUUAUUUUGGACUAUGACACCGGCUUACUGAAGGCAGGGAUGUUAGAUAGAGAGCUGAAGACUGUGUAUAACUUUAAUGUGACUGUGACAGACAAGGGAAACCCCCCUAGGUCCAGCCUGGCUCUGGUAACUGUCCACGUACUGGACGCCAAUGACAACAUGCCAAGAAUUAUCUACCCUGAUAACCAUAACAACACGAUUCAAGUCAUGUACACUACCCCCAAAGACUCUGUAAUAGCCCGAGUAAAAGCUGAUGACAUUGACGAGGGAAACAAUUCUGUCCUGUCAUUCUACAUCCACAGAGUAGAACCAAGUAAGCCCGAUCUCUUCAAAAUGAAUGCGGCAACAGGGGAGCUAAUCAUUGCCAAAACAAUGCAUCUCUAUGAUUCUGAUUCCUACAGACUGGUUUUGGGGGUAAAGAAUGGAGUUUUUACCAUGUAUGCUAACCUGAAUGUAAUCAUCACCAUCAGUAACAAUACGGUACUCGGUCCACAGUCUGAGGGCUCGGGAGAGAGUAAUAUAAUAAUCGUUAUAGCUAUUGUGGUGGUAACCGUGAUCCUGUCUGUUGCUAUCAUUGCUGCCAUUUGUAUUGUGAGGUACGUGGAUCGACAUCGUCAAAUUCAGAAAAAAUCAAAAGAAACACAGAUAGACUUGAAAAAACAGGAGAGUCUCACUACGGAAUCAUCACAGUUUACAGAAAUUAAGUCACGAAAUAAGAAGGAGGUGAGCUUCUCACUGAGUGAUGAUGAUUCGAUGAAUAUCUCCUCCCUGACCAACAUAACGUCAUUCUCCUCCUACCUGAAGAACCCCCACUCUGCCUACUCCGUGGAUGGAAAACUCACAGAGGGUCCACAGGCCUGUAGUUCUAUUCUGACCAAUAACACCCUACACUCCGAUCUAUCAAAGGAUAAUCUGACAGAGAAAAAUCUCAAUACCUUGUAUCAUCAGCAGGUCCAGUCACCAUGGUUACAGCAGCUACAGGAAAAGCCGAGGAGAGGCGACCCUAUGCUGAGGAAGUCGGAGGAUGAUGAUAGUGAAAUGUCGGCAGAGUCCGCUACCAGUGACAGUGGGCGGGGAGGCAGCGAAGACGAUAUAAAUAGUAACAGGGGAAACCCCAUGAGUGAUUCAGAAGAAACAAGGCAAGCUUACACCAAUGAAUAUCCACAACCGGAGCAAUCUCAAACUCCAAACAAGCACACGAACGUUUUACAUUCCAGUUACAGGAAACCGCUACCCACCAGUGAAAAUUAUCACCGAAACAUUAGUUUUAGUGAUGACAGUGUGACUGCAAAUACGACUGUUGAUAGUGCUAAAAACCGACACGGGCGCUCUAGUCACGAUACUCACAACCAGACGACGCUGUCACGGAUACUGUGUAUGUCGUCAGAUCGCGGCCUGAGUUUUAUCAAUGGCCACACCCAUCUAGACACGUUAGACGAGGCCACUCACAGUACGUUUGGUCUCCGUUAUUCUUUACAAGACAUUGACGACACUGUCAGUGAGAGUGUUUUAACACGGGACGAUGACGGAAACUCCACCACCACCUCGGGGAGCUACACCAUUAAUCCCGACGAACUUGUGCAUGAGAUUGACAACUUGUUUUUUAAGUCUGAUGUCAUUGUUUGAUGUCAUCAUCUGAUGUGUCUCGU